AUGAGCAUAUCACACAUGGACGAGCGACCAAACAAGAAGAGACGCUUCUUCGCCGACAAAGACUCUACCCAGGAUGCUUCUUUCGCCUCUGAUCCCUCUGGUCCAGACGAAGUCAAUGCACUAAAUGAGGUCGACCGAAACGCCACCACCACUACACAGCGCGAGCAAGAGUCAACAACAAGUGUGAAUCGCUUCGAUGCGUCUCUUUUCCAAGCCUUCGUUGGUAAUGACGCUCCUCAAGCUACCAUCAACGCCCUACAGCGAAUAUGUGGCAACGAUGUCGAGCGAGCCGUCAACAUGUACCUGGACGGCUCAUGGCAGAAUCAUCCUUUGAUCUCCAAUGCUUCUUCGCCCGCUCCGCGUCCCAGCCGUCCAAAGGUCAAGGACACUCCAUCCACACCUGCACAGAACAUCGACCCACCCAAGGUCAACCUGGCCGCCAUGCCGAGCAAGAGAUAUAUCGGUGCCAUGGGAGUCAUCGGUUGGACUACACGUAGUGGUACUGGCAUUAUCACCUCAGGGGAAAAGAUCAAGAUUGAAAGAGCUAGGCCGUCACAGCAAAAGGUUGGCAAGGGAGGCAAGUCACGAGCCUCAACACGUCAGGAUGUUAUUGUGCGCUUCACCAAUGCCAAAGGGGAAGAGGUUGGUCGCUUAGAGCAGGACUCGGCCGCCUGGAUCUCCACGCUGAUGGACCAGAACAUAUGUCACUUCGAGGGCCACUGUGUCUUUGCGCCUGAUCGUGUACGUACCAACGACACCGUCUACCUCCAACUGCGAUGUUUCUUCCUCAAGUCAUGCUUCAGCGCUGGCAGCCUCAUCAAACCAUUGGACAAUAACAGAGAAACUGGUCUGUAUGAAGCAAAGGAAACUCGGGAUGAGAAAGACCUCCGCUUGCGUCAAGUCGGCCUUGUGAAGCUGUUCUCGGAGAUUAAUCUUCAUCCAUCACGCGCCAACUCUGCUACCGAAAAGCACAAGAGAGAGGGCAUUCUACGCGCUGCUGAGAUGCCCGACCAAGCUGAACAGACCACUGCCAGUACUGCCAAACCAGCCAAAUCAUCCGAUCAAGCGGCUUCGUCUCCUCCUUCCGACGAUGCUGAAGAUGGCCAAGAGCUGGAGCAAGAUCAGCUGGACAGCCUAUACAGGAAAGCACAAUCUUUUGAUUUCAACACGCCUGUCAUGCAACCUGCCGAGACGUUUGUCCUGGAUCUCCGAAAAUACCAGAAACAAGCUCUGCACUGGAUGGUAGGUAAAGAGAGAGACCAAAAAUCUGACCACAAGGAGGUGUCGAUGCACCCACUCUGGGAAGAAUACAUGUGGCCUACAAAAGAUGCAGAUGAUGCACCGGUGCCUCAGGUUGAGGACCAGUUAAACUUCUACGUCAAUCCUUACUCUGGUGAAUUGUCAUUAGAUUUUCCUGUCCAGGAGCAGAAUUGCCUUGGUGGUAUCCUGGCGGAUGAAAUGGGUCUUGGCAAGACCAUCGAGAUGCUCAGUCUCAUACACACGCAUACUUCAGAAUUCGGUUCACAAGGCGCUAAGAUGUCAACGGUUAUGGACCUGCCACGUUCGCCCAAAAGCUCUUCUGGUGUUGCUCGGGCACCGUGUACUACCCUGGUCGUUGCUCCCAUGUCCUUACUAGCACAAUGGCAGAGUGAAGCAGAAAAGGCUUCGAAGCCCGGCACCCUCAAGACCCUGGUGUACUAUGGCUCAGACAAGAACGUAAAUCUGAAGACCUUGUGUUGCGAGGCCAAUGCAGCAUCGGCACCUCAUGUCAUCAUUACUAGUUAUGGUACCGUGCUGUCGGAGUACAACCAAGUCGUUGCUGCUGGUGGUGACAAAGGAUCAAGCGGCGGCUUGUUUUCUCUUGACUACUUCCGUGUGAUCCUUGACGAAGCCCACAUGAUCAAAAACCGGCAAUCAAAAACUGCUCGUGCUUGCUAUGAGAUUGCUGCAGAGCAUCGCUGGACUCUGACAGGUACGCCUAUCGUCAAUCGCCUUGAAGACUUGUUCAGUCUGGUACGCUUCCUCCGCGUUGAACCCUGGAGCAACUUCUCUUUCUGGAAAACGUUCAUUACCGUGCCGUUCGAGUCGAAGGAUUAUGUUCGAGCACUUGAUGUGGUCCAAACCGUACUUGAGCCUCUUGUGUUGCGUCGCACAAAGGACAUGAAGACUCCAGAUGGCGAGGCGCUGGUCCCAUUACCGCCGAGAACGAUCGACAUUCAGAAGAUUGAGCUCUCGAAGGUUGAGCGAGAUCUGUAUGACCACAUCUUUGCUCGAGCCAAGAGGACAUUUGCUGCGAACGUCGAAGCUGGAACUCUGAUGAAGUCUUACACGACAAUUUUUGCACAAAUUCUGCGACUUCGACAAUCAUGCUGUCACCCGACGUUGGUGCGUAGCAAAGGCGUUGGUGCAGAUGAGGAGGACGCUGAGGCUGCGGCAGACAUUGCCAAUGGUCUGGCUGAUGACAUGGACUUACAGUCUCUGAUUCAACGCUUCGAGUCCGAGGCCGAAGAAGAAGAUGCAAGCCGCUUUGGUGCCAAUGUGCUCAAGCAAAUCCAAGCAGAGUCAAAUCACGAGUGUCCGAUCUGUUUCGAGGAGCCUAUGGAAGAGCAAUCUGUCACAGGCUGUUGGCACAGCGCUUGCAAGAAGUGUCUUCUCGACCUGAUUGAGAACGCAACCAGCAAGAACGAACUGCCGCUGUGCUUCAACUGCCGUGAACCCAUCAACGCUCGCGACAUCUUUGAGGUCAUCAGACAUGAUGACGAAGAUGACGAAGAAGCUGGUGUGGCCAAAGACAAUGACUCGACUGACUCGCAACAACGUCUCCCUCGCGUGUCUCUCCGCCGUGUUAACACUCUAUCCUCAGCCAAGAUCGGCGCUCUCUUGACUCACCUCAAACGUAUCAAGAAAGCCUCGCCAACCACCAAAUCAGUCAUCUUCUCACAGUUUACCUCUUUCCUCGAUAUCCUUGAGCCCGCUCUCGAUGGGGCCUCAAUCCCCUACUUCCGCUUCGAUGGCAGCAUGGCACAGAAAGCCCGUGCCGCAGUCCUCUCCGACUUUGCCAAUCGCACAAAAGGCUGCGUGCUGUUACUCUCCCUCAAAGCAGGCGGUGUGGGCUUGAACCUGACGUGCGCAAGCAACGUCUUCAUGAUGGAUCCCUGGUGGAGUUGGGCUGUCGAGUCACAGGCUAUUGACCGCGUGCACCGCAUGGGCCAAACUCAAGAAGUCAAGAUUGUGAGAUUUGUGGUUGAUCAGAGUAUUGAAGAGAAGAUGCUUAGGGUGCAGGACCGUAAAAAGUUUAUUGCUAGUUCGUUGGGGAUGAUGAAUGAGGAUCAGAAGAAGUUGCAGAGGAUUGAGGAUAUCAAGGAGUUGUUGAGUUAA